AUGCACAGAAGUUCAAGUCAUAUAGGUUCAUUACAAGAUUAUAAACCAAAAAGCCUUUGGAAAUCUAUGCUUUCCAAAGAUGGUCAAAAUGAAAAUAAUAAAUCAAGAGGGAUAAUUAGAUCACAAAGCACAGUGGCUCACAAGAGUAAAAGAUCAAGUAUGAUAAUUUCAGAACCUUCAUCUAUACGGAAUAGUGGAUUGAAAAGAUUAAGUUUAAUUCCAAGUUCAACAGAUUCUUCUUUUGAUUCAGAAAAUAUUGAUCCUAAAGAAAAGGAGUUUUAUCAAUCAUUAAACUUACCAACUUCAGCUACAUCUUCAAAAUUUUCAAAUAGACAUAGAUCUAUGUAUUUUGGAUCUACAAAUAGUGAUAUGGAUGAUAUUGAUUCAUUAGAUUUUGGUUCAAAAUCACCAAUUUCAUCAAAUUUUAUAAAUAUGAAUGAAGAUAAAGAACCAGAUAUGUUAUCAUCUGCAUUGGAAGAUUAUAAAAUAUUUACAACCACCAAAAAAUCUACAAAUUCAUCAACUUUAACAAGUGCAAAUCCAACUCCAACAAAUUUAACAUUUGAAGAAUCUGAAUUAAACUCAUCAAAUUUAAAUAAUAAUGAUGAUGAUGAAAAUUCCCAUGAAACAAGAGAAACAAGAAUGUCAUCAUUACCAAGUUUUACAUCAACAAAUACAAUGGAAUCUGAAAUUUCAGUAUUACACGUUUCAAAUUCUUUAUGGAUAGGUUCAACAAUAACGGAUUAUGAUUUAGAUGAUGAAGAUAAAUUUAUGGAUAAAGAUCAAAUUGAUUAUUUUGAAGGUUUUAAUCCAGAAAAUAUAUUUGAUGAUGAAAAAAUUGAAAGUACAAAUAGAACUUCUUUAAUAUUUAUAUGA